GUUAAACCGUCACGCGCUAUCCCCUCCACGUGGCUCGUCGGUUUUCCCCCCACCCUUAAGGUGGCAGCGCCUCCACCGGGCAUUCCAUCGGGUGGCACGCUUCGACGGGACGACAGAAGACGUUCGUCGUUCGUUCAGUCAGUCGUGCUCUGACACCCGUCCCAAGUGGUCGUCAGAGUUCAGUGAGUUCACAGCGAAGCGAGAGCAAGUUAGCCAGACUAGCAAGGGACACGGUUCUCUUACUACGUUCUCGGCCGAAUAUUCGUACACGAGACUUUUUCGUCCUCGUUCUGUCAGUCACGCUUGGAUUACACGCUGGCCAUCUCUGGCCAGACAUCAGUGAGAACGCACCAGCCAACUUGGAUUACCAGUGCAGUGCUACGCGGCAAAUUGUGCGUACGAUUUGUCGGUCGCUUUUCAUUCUGUGAUACACGAAGAGUUGACGCACGAUGGUGACCGGAGUGGGUGCCACGAUGCCAACAGGCGGUGUCACCGUUGGUGCCACACCGCCGGCGCAACACGUGCCCCAAGAGGCUGGACAGCCCACUGCGCAAACCACCACCACGACUACAACCACCAGAAGAUCAGGGGAGAAUCGACGGAGUAAUAAACCGAUUAUGGAAAAGCGGCGACGAGCCCGCAUUAACAACUGUCUAAACGACCUGAAGACCUUGAUACUGGAUGCCAUGAAAAAAGACCCAGCGCGACACUCGAAACUGGAGAAGGCGGACAUCCUGGAGAUGACGGUGAAACACCUGGAAACGCUCCAGCGUCAACAAGUUGCGCUAGCCGCCGCGACAGAUCCGACCGUGCUGAACAAAUUCCGAGCUGGAUUCACGGAAUGCGCCGGUGAGGUUGGCAGGUUUCCCGGUCUGGACGCCUCUGUGAAGAGACGUUUGAUGGCCCACUUGGCCUCAUGCCUCGGACCGGUCGACGCUAGCAACAACAACACUCAGAAUCAACAGCCUGUCCAACCGGCGCCACCGACCACGCAGCUCCAAGUGCACAUUCUACCUCAAGUGGACGCGACACCGAGGAUCCAGGUUCAACAAUCGAACGGGAUCUUCUUCACGAACGCGAACGGCACCGGUCUCCAGCUAGUGCCGACCAGGUUGCCCAACGGCGACAUCGCUCUGGUUCUUCCAGCCGGUGCAAAAACUACCCCGGCCACGUCCCCGGCAUCGUCUCCAGCCCCAACAUCGCCUCUGCCGACUCUGAUCCCGAUUCCUCAGAGAACGGCAAGUACGGCGUCCGCAUCCUCCUCGUCCUCCUCGGCCAGCUCGACGUCCACAUCGGCGGAGAGUCCUGUCGGCUUCGAAGGAGCUCCAGCGGCGUUUCGCGAACAACCCGUUCCGUACAGCACCGGAAACAGCCACAGGGACGUUGCAACAUCCCCGGCUAACGGGUACACCAGCGAUCCGGAGUUCGACCCCCGCGUCUACAGCCCACCUCUUCAGAAACCUCUCGCUCUGGUGAUGAGGAAGAGCGUGGUACCGGAGGUCGAGGACAAACCAUGGAGGCCGUGGUAAAAAGUCGACCUACAUCUGGUCGCGGGUGAUAAAGACAGUCUCGAGUGAUAAAUACGCUUCGAACGACGACGAAGACACGUGGGUUCAGUUCGUCGUUCGUCGAGCCGCGAGAAAUACCGCGGAACACGGAUCAUUGUUCCUUACACGUAUCGCAUUAGGAGUCAGGAGUGCGGUUAGGAUCGGAGAUGUCCUGCGAGCUAGGAGAUCUUGUCCGAGAGCCGUGAGUUCAGUAAUUCCCGAGUGUGUGCAGUCGGCCAGUAGCCUAUGAGGCAGUGCCUUAUACAGUGCCUUGUAAAUAAUAAUUCUAUGAUCGUUGAAUCGAGUUCGUCGUAACAGCAGGAAGAAUGUAAGGAUCCUUCGCGUCGUGUACCUUUUUUUUCGUUACGCCUUUAUCGUUUCAUUUCGUUCGCGCGUUUCAUCCCUUUACUUCGUCCCUGUUUUUCGCAUUCAUUUUCGCUCCUUUCUUUCGCCCCUUCGUUUGUACAUAUUGUUAGACGGAUAUCGUAUUUUAAGUGCCUUACGCAACAAGAAUCACCGAGGUCUUCCAUUCUGUUUCUUGUACGUAAAACGCCAAGCGUGUGUGGUGUAACGUGUUGUAAGUACGAGGAACCCUUGUAACUAACGCGAAACGCCUAGUUUGUAGUUUAGUUAAGCCCAGACGCGAAAGAGUGUGUGUGCGUGUGAGUGUAUGCGUGGGUACUGCGUGCGUUAUGAUCGUCUUAAUUUAUAUUUAUAUGAGUGCAGAGAAAUGAAAUUUAUAAUUCCUCUCUAUUGUGAGAAUAGAAAAGAUCGACGCUUAUCACUGCAAGAGCAUCAAAUAAAUAUUGAUCUCUUUGUGAAAACUUAA